AGCAAAGUGCCUGCUUAGCAACUGGCCGCAACCCUGAUGGAUUAAGGUUACGCUCAGUAGUCAUCGCCUGGACACCAGCCAACACAGGCGGGCGUACUUCUCGAGCUGUGUUACAUGCUGGUAAAAUCAAAGAGGAUUUGGCUUCAUGGAACAACACGGAGUAAUACCCGAUGUCUUGCCCCGCUGUCCUCCCUCUACUGUGCAGGUGAGGUACGGGAACACUGAGGUGGAAUGUGGGACUGUGGUGACGCCCACCGAGGCCAAGGAUGUGCCACACCUGUCCUGGCCCGUGGAGGAGGGUGCUCUCUACACCCUGUGCAUGACAGACCCCGACGCCCCGAGCCGAGAAGAUCCCAAGUUCGGCGAGUGGCAACACUGGCUGGUGGUGAACAUAUCAGGGAACGAUGUGUCGAACGGCGACACCCUCAGCCAAUACGUGGGUCCCGGCCCGCCCAGAGGCACAGGGCUACACCGCUACGUGUUUGUGGUGUACCGGCAGAACGGACGCCUGACGUGUGACGAGCCGCGAGUCCCAAACACCUCAGCCUCUCCUCGCAGAUGCUUCAAAAUUCACAAAUUUGCCGAGAAAUACAACCUGGAGCUGGUGGCAGGCAAUUUCUUCCAGGCAAAAUACGACAGCUACUGUGAUCAAGUACAUAAACAGCUUGGUAUUUAAGAGUACAGCUGUAUAGAAGGUGAAAGCGCUCAGAUUAUCCUGCGAUUACGAGGUCACGUGUCUGUUGUUUACAGUGUGGUUAUUUGUAAAUGAGCAAAUGCUUCCUUUGGAACACAUGAAUGCAGCCGAUCUGUCACACAUCGAUCUUGUUUUGAAGGGAGUUGUGUUAGAUGGGUUGCAAGCUAUCGGUAGCAUACUAUUAAAUACUUUUCAAGAUAAACUGAAGGUCAAGAUCCGCUUCUGGUUUUACAAUAUAUUGAAAAGUGAAUAUUGUUUUUAGUUUGUUAUAUUUUCAACGCUGAAGUUCUGAAAAUAACAGCUGUUCAAAUAAAUGAUUUUGAUUAGCAUCAACUUGUGAAGUUUCAUAAAAAUGAGUUCUCA